UAUUAUGUUAAAGUGUGACAUGGUCACAUGGACUAUCUGACCGACUGACCAUCUAUUCUGACAGAAUGUCAGCAAUCAGCAUGUCGAAAUGCAUCAUCUGAUAUCCCAAUAAUUUCUAACUUUUAGUUUUCUUUUCGGUGUCACACUGACAACUUUCAACGACUAUUUUCACGAACAAAAAGUCAAAAAUUCAAAAUGGGUUUGUUUCAUUCUUCGUUGUUUUAAUGUCAGUAUGUCAGUUACUUAGUUAACGGUUCAAAGUUUAAACUUCAAUUUAGUGUGGCCGUACUAAUGCACUCUAGUGUUGUGUCUCAUUCUAGUGCUUCUUAGUUCUUUUAGUUUUUUCUAUUACAGCGGUAAACGAAGUUCGAUCUUUGGUGGUUGGACAAAUAAACGAUUUUGGUGUUUACUGUUAAUAAUGUUAAUACUAUAGACGGCUCAUUGUUUGACUCAUUCAGUGACGUUCAAUGGUUCAGUGGCUCAGUCGUUAUCCAUUGAGAAAUCGAGUCUUCAAUUCUUUAUUAUAUUGCUCGAACAUUGAUGUGAAUUUUUGUGUUUUAUGCUCUAAGCCUCUAACCUUGUAGGAGAAGUGAUUUUUUGGAGAUAGUUUUCGAUUGUGCGCUAUAAUACGUUAUACGUCUAUUAUACUCCCACCUCCGUUUUUGUAAUUGUGAAUACGUACCUCCAACCUGUUCGAUUACGUUGAACGAAUAGGUACAAUCAUUAUUAAUAUUUCUUAUGCGUUUUGAACGAUAUCAUAAUGCGUUUUAAGAGAUACCUACGAGUUUAACCGAUACAUUUGUACAUUAUUAAUAGUGACAAACUGACAACUUAUAAUGUAUGUGUAUUGUUCAUGAAGAAGUUGCAAAUAAUAUUCCAUAGACAUAAAUACAACUAUAUUUAUAUGCCUUUGUGAUACAUAUACCAAAUAAUUACUAAUUAGUCUUCGACGAUUUCAUUUCUACGCUUUCGUAUUUUCGUCAAUCAUGAUGGACGAAAUUCAAACUUGGUGGGAAAUACCAAGUAUUGUGCAUUUUUGUGAAGUUUUCACUCUUAUCACUAAAGAUGUCAGUCGAAUAGAUAUUAAUGAAUUUGAAAAUGCAAUUGAAGAGAAUUCAUAUUUGUUGACUGAUAUGGCUAUUCGAUUUACUAAAAUUUGUGGUUUUUAUGACCCAGGCACAAAUGAAUGGUGGAGUAUGAUGAAAAAAAUUUUUCAAAGAAAAUGCAUUCUCUACAACUUUAAAUAUUCACUGGAUUCCGCAACAUAUUUUGAUGAUUUAACUCGCAAACAAAAAGUUGAAGCUCUAUACAUUUAUUGUCAUUUUAUUCUUGAUGUUAAGCAUAUUCAAGAUAAAAUAUCUAAUAAACCUAACAUAUUGCACUUGUUAAAUGUAAAACCACUAGGAUAUGACCUAAAUAAAUCAGUGUAUUGGUAUUUUGGUAGCAAUAAAUUAUAUAGAGAAGACUUUGAUAAUAUACACGAUCUAUCUUCUAACUUACCAGUAGAACAUAAUAUCAAUGGAACAAUUCCAUUUGAACCUUAUCCGUCGGGAGUUUAUGGCUCAGGAAAAUGGAAUACAAUAUGUGAUAAUAUUGACAAUUGGUAUUCAUUAGCUGAUAUUACUGAAUACAGUAAAAACAUAAAUAUUAGAUGUUUACAUAAAGGAAUUUGUAAUAUUAUUAUAAAUCUUCCUAAAGUAAAGAGAAAAAAGUCUUACUAUGUAUAUAUAAAGCCUAAUAGGCCUUUCAGAAGUACAAGAACUCUUCGAUCAACAGAUGUUCUAUGUAAUAAAUCAAGUACAAAUUCUGAUGUUGAUCUGCACGAACAAAGCUCACAAAAUAUUUUGGAAAACCAAAUUAAACAUAGGUAUGAUUCAUCCAUUUCUCGAAAAGAUGCAUCUAGAAUUAAUCUCAAUGUACAUCACCCAAACCAAAAUAUUUCAAACCCAAUAAAAGUUUUCAAGGAUGAUAUUAAGCAAAUAGAAAAAUGUAACAAUAAAACACCAUUAAAAUUACAGUUACAAAGUAGUAAUGUAAAUGUGCUAAAUAAAUGUUUAAACAAAGUUACGGACUUUGACAGAGUUCUUCGUGUAAAUAUAGAACGCUUCGAUCAAGAAAAUGCUCAUCAUUAUAAUAAUAACUUAAAACGUAAAUUACGAUCCUCAACAAACGGUACUGGAAUACCGCCAUUCAAAAAUUUAUUAUUUUAAAAUUAUUACUCUCUAUAAAUGUAAUGUCAACUCAUAGUUUUGUAUUUAUUUUAUUUUAUCAUAUUUGUUCAAUUUAAUUUAACUUAUAAUGUUUUUUGAAGUGUUAUAUUUAUUAAGAUAAUUAUUAUUAAUGUAGAUAGUUUCUUUAAAACAGAAUAUUUGUAAUAUACUUUAAAGUCUAUAA